UUCAUUCUUUGAGGUUUCUCAGACAGAAGAAGCAGACAUGGCCAAAGGAGUGUUGAUCUCCAAGUCCCUGGCUGCUGCCACUGGGAUCCUCACGGUCUCUUGUGUUUGUGGUGUGGUGUUGAUGCUUGUGAUUUACCAAAUUCAAAUAGGUGAAAAUCCUCCAGUGCCUCCACCAUCUCCAAUUCCUGCAACGGCAAUUCCAUCAGGACCUCCACCGUCUCUCAGACUUCCUGACAGUUUGAUUCCGGAGAGCUACAGUGUAUUUCUCCAGCCAUACCUUUCUGCAAAGCUGUCUACAGACAAGGAAAACGAUACAAAACAAUCCUUUUUCAAGGGAAAUUCGACUGUUAGAUUGAAGUGCGUGAAAAUCUCCAAGAGCAUCUUCCUUCAUGUUCGGGACCUAAAUGUGACAGAUGUACAAGUGACAAAUUCUGAUUCUAAUGAGACAUUAUCAGUGAGGAGUUAUGAAGUACAUUACAAUGAAAGUAAUUUUCUUGAGAUUCAACUCAACGAUGUGCUAAAAAAUGGGACCUACUAUGAUCUGUUCACUUCAUUUGAAGGAGAACUUCUUGAUGACAUGUCUGGGUUUUAUCUGAGCCGGUACACAGAGAAGGAAAAUGAAGAGGAGGAUGAAGAGAGAUUCCUUGCUGCCAGCCAGAUGCAACCCACAUAUGCCAGGAAAGUUUUUCCUUGCUUUGAUGAGCCAGCUCUGAAAGCUGUGUUUAAUAUAACCAUUGUCCACAGAAGUGACACCAUGGCCCUGUCUAACGGCAAAGAAGAUUAUGGGACAAUAAUUGGAGAAGGCUGGGUUAUUACUACAUUUGAGCCGACCCCAGUCAUGUCAACUUAUCUAUUGGCUUUCUCUGUAUCUAGCUUUGCCUCUAAAGUGAUAUCUACAGGGAAAAUAUCAACAUAUGCUCGACCUGAAGCUAUUGCUGCUGGCCAUGCUGACUAUGCAACAGAAACAGCAAAGACGAUUCUAGACUACUAUGUGGAUAUAUUUGGAUUGGGAUACCCAUUGGACAAAUUAUAUCAGAUUGCUGUGCCUGACUUCAGUGCAGAAGCCAUGGAAAACUGGGGUUUAAUUUCAUAUCGGGAGGCAGCUCUGCUGUAUGACAAAGCUACGUCAUCUAACUUUGAUAAAGAAUUGGUGGCCACUGUGAUUGCUCAUGAAUUAGCACAUCAGUGGUUUGGAAACCUUGUCACAAUGAGCUGGUGGAAUGACCUGUGGCUGAAUAAAGGAUUUGCAACAUAUAUGUCGUACUUUGGGGCAGAAGCUGCUGGCUGGGACUUAAAAGAUCUAAUUGUUCUCAGAGAAAUCCAGACUGCCUUUCAAGUGGAUUCUUUGAAUGCUUCCCAUCCUCUCAGCUUGCCUGAAAGCCAUAUUGAAACAUACUCUGACAUCAUAGAACUUUUUGAUGACGUCACCUCUAGCAAGGGUGCUGCUGUGUUGAGAAUGCUGUCUACAUACAUAGGAGAGGAAGAUUUUAUGAGAGGGAUUAAGACAUAUCUCAACAAGUUCCAGUACAUGAACACAAAGUACACAGACCUUUGGAAAUGCUUGCAAGAGGAGUCGAAGAAAAAUGUGGAAGGCUUUAUGAGCACAUGGAUUGAGCAAGUGGGAUACCCAGUAAUCACCAUUAUUACAGAGACAGGGGAAAUCUCCCAAGAACAGUUUUUCCUUAAGCAAACAAAGGGCCAUGGCAUUGCAUGGCAGGUUCCAGUCAGAUCUGUUAAGUCUAAUGAUCUUGAGAAAGUGGACGGGUAUAUACUGAAAAUAAACGGUCCAGUUCAAAAGCCAGAAUAUCGAAUUGAGGAUGAGAAAUGGCUUCUGGCUAACGUUAACUGCACUGGCUUUUUCCGUGUGAACUACGAUGAAACAAACUGGUAUAAACUUCUUAGGCAACUUGAAAGUAAUCAUCAUGUCAUUCCAGUCAUCAACAGAGGACAGCUCAUCGAUGAUGCUUUUAAUCUUGCAAGGGCUGAUCGCCUCAAUGUCACUAUUGCACUAAGUUUAACCAAGUAUCUGAUAAAUGAAACUGAGUAUAUUCCAUGGGAGUCUGCACUGAGAAACCUGGACUAUUUCAUCCUUAUGUUUGAUCGUUCUGAGGUCUAUGGUCCGAUGACAAAAUAUCUACGCAAGCAAGUCACACCGCUAUAUGAGUACUUUAACAACACAAUAAAUGGAAGCAUUCCUGAGAGCCUCACUGACCAGUAUAACCAAGUAAAUGCUAUUUCAAUGGCCUGCAGCAAUGGCCUUCCUGAAUGCAUCACAAAUGCUUUAAGACUGUUUGAAGAUUAUAAAAAGGGCACAAAUAGCACAUUAUGGAUUCAUCCAAAUUUGAGGGCAUCCAUCUAUUGUAGUGCAAUAGCUGCAGGUGAUGAAGAUGAUUGGGAAUUUGUGUGGGAAGAGUUCCAAAGGGCCACAGUCGCUUCGGAGAAAGACAAAUUGAGAUAUGCCCUAUCAUGUACCAAAGAAAUCUGGUUGCUUAACAGAUACCUUCAGUACACUCUUGACCCUACAAAGAUAAGAAAGAUGGAUCUUGUCUCUACCAUAAACUACAUUGCCAAAAAUGUUGCCGGGCAGCCUCUAGCCUGGGAUUUUGUUCGCGGUCAUUGGUCCUACAUCACACAAGAGAAUGGGGCUGGCAUCAUGUCCUUAGGCAGUCUGUUAGAUGGCGUGACAAAGAGAUUCUCAACAGACUUUGAACUUGAACAGCUGAGACAGAUACAGCGGGAACAGGAAGAGGAUGAUCAGAAGCUUGCAACUCGAGCUUUGGAGCAGGUCAUUGAAAGGACAGAGGCCAAUAUUAAUUGGGUGACAGAAAACAAGCAGGCUGUUUUGGACUGGUUCCGUGAAGAGCUCAAGGAUCAUUGAGUUCUAGGUCUGCAGAAUCAAGGGAAUACACAAUGGAGCCAGUACAAUGAAAAACAGAUGAAAAGGCAUUCCACAAUGAUGGCAACUCCCUCCUGUGGCACAGUGAUGGUUUUUAUCAAAAAAGGACUUGAGGAGAAGAAAAAGAAUGUGCAAUUUUGAAAUGGCUACAUAACACAUUCCCUGUGUUACAUGUAGAGUAGUUACCAUAAUCUACUGUGAAUAACAGAGAAAAGGGUGUAAUGAAUUUGUUUAGUAGUCCUUUAGGACAGCUUAAUUUAUUUCUUUUAAUAUGAUUUUGUUUU